AUGACGGUGCAGGCCCUGCAGGAUGAGCUGAGGACUCAGAGAUCUACAGCCAAAGAGUUGUUCCUCCUGAGGAAGACGCUGGAGGAGAUGGAGUUGAGGAUCGACAGUCAGAAACAGACCCUGGGGGCCAGAGACCAGUCUAUCAAGAAACUACUGGAGAUGCUGCAGAGCAAAGGUCUGUCAGCCAAGGCCUCAGAGGAAGACCAUGAGAGGACCAGGAGACUGGCUGAGGCUGAGAUGCACAUCCACCACCUAGACAGUCUACUGGAACAGAAAGACAAGGAGACCAACGCCCUACGAGAGGUGAGGGUGUGUGUGAAGGUAUGGGGGAGAGGGGGAGAGAAGGAGAGAGCGAAACAGAGGAGGGGAGGGGAAAUAAUUAAUUCAUAA